UAUUAAGUAUUUGCCGACAAACAUCUGGAGAAAUUUCAUGGUUCUUUGGGGUCUUUAAUGCGUUUUUUUUCUUUAGCUUUUAAACCAAUCAUUUCAGAACUAAAACAUCAAACAUGGCGGUGGUAGUGUGGUGAUGUGGGGUUGUUUCAUUGCUUCAGCACCUGGAUGACUUGAAAUAACUGAUAAAACAAGAACUCCUGCCCUCUAUGAAGGAGACGUAAAAGUUGCGUUGUCGCCAAGGUUUCACAACCAGCCCUUGCUUUUUCAGGCAAAAAUAAAAAUAAAAUCAUUGGAAUGCUCUCUUUUGUAGAUGCUCAAGUUAAUCUGGUCUCAUAUUAAAAUUAUUUGAUGAUCUUAAAGAUCCUGAGGAUCUUUCCAAAGGAAAAAAAAAGAACGGAAGAAAUCUGUAAGGAGGCAAAUAUUCUUUCAGGAUUUUAGUUCCAUUUUCCUGCUGCUCUCCUUCUCAUCAAUGGUCAAUGGUCCUCCUGUUCCCCAACAUCUGGCCUCAUGUGUGAGCCUCUCUUAUGCCUCUUGCUUUUCAUCAGCUUCUCCUGUUUCUCCUGUGGUUUCUGCGCCCUCUUCCCCUUCCAGCCGUCUCGUCGAUCAUUUUUAAAAUAGCUUAGCAAGUGGAGGAGGAGUUUACGUCUGAAUCGUGAAUAAAACCAUCUGUCAAGCUUGAAAAGUUUGCAUUUGCGUGCCUUAGGAGCGAACGUUGCCGUGCCUCGCAGCAGCCAAGAGCCAUGAGGACUGGGAUGAAAGUCGCGAUGUUGCCGCUGCUUUUGGCGGCAGCUGUUUGCGGAUCCAACCCCCAUAGCAACGACAGCAAGCAGCCGCAGCAGCAGUCCAGCAUCUGGGACCACACCAUCAGAUUCACCACCAAGACAAAGGACUCAUGCACCAUGGGGGUGUCCGCAGCGGGAAACUUCACCCGUCUGCGUGUCUCCUGCAGAUCCCCGAGCCAGGCUACGGGGCGCUCCUACUACUGCGACUUCCAGGGCCAACCGAACCAAUGUGGAGCCUACAACAAGAACCCUCGGCACUACUUCGUCCAGAUGACGUGGGAGCUGAGGAAGCUGAAGAACGCCUGCCAGGGGGCCAAAAUCUACCGCCCUCAUAUGUGCAGGAAGUACUCUGAUGAGGCUCAGAUGACCUUUAUGACCUCCUGGCCCAAGACUUCAGCUCCAAAGUCUGCAAAGCCCGGUCAGGAGCAACGCAAACCAGCGGCGCCAGCAGUGCAGAACAAACCCACCGGCACCCAUCAGCCCACAAAGCCGCAGCCUCAGCCAGCUAAACCUCUGCCAGGCAGAGGCUCCCAGGGCAAGAGAAGCACCCCCAAGCCGGCAAAGACCGCUCCCCGUCCCACCGAGGAGCCGGCGUCUAGGGCAUCCCGCCUCGCCACGCAGUACUGCUGGAAGAGCUUCCAUGGCCUCUGCAGCUAUGUCAUCGGCUGGUUCCAAAACUGAGAUGCAACUCAGUUGUUUUUUUAUCAUAACAGAUUGGAAUUACUAACCUGACAACACAGACUCCUGUCUUUGAACUCUCUUCACAAAAUCAUCUGAAAAUGAGUCAUCAAUAGAUGAUAAUAAUAUGGAAAGAAACACAAUGAGCCAAAGAAAGAAGCUCGCCUUGGUGUAUUUCUGUUGUAUUUUUGUUGCUAACGUUAUCCCAGAUGUCAUGUAAAUUUUGAGCAAAGAAUAAAUAGAAGAGUGGCGA